AUGAGAUUCUCGGCUUUGUUAGCCAGUCUCGUCGCUGCCACCGGCGCAGCGGCGGCGGCCGUGGACGCGUUUUCUCAUGUUCCGCGCAACGUGCAGGAAUUCCGCGAGAAGCAUCCCGUCGCGAAACGGGCGCCCAACUGCCGCAAAACCUUCACGCCUCGGGCUUCCCGUGACGAUACCGACGACAUUUCCGCCGAGUUCUUGGACGCCAUCAAGAAGGCAAACAAUGGCGGCACGGUCUACCUGCCCGAGGGCCAGACCUUUGUCAUCGGCAAGCCCCUCGACCUCACGUUUCUGAACGACAUUCACGUGCGGCUCGAGGGAACCAUCAGGUUCACCAACGAUGUCCCGUACUGGCAAAAGAACGCCUUCUACCACCCGUUCCAGCGUUCCCUCAUGUUCUGGAAGUGGGGCGGAAAGGACAUCAAGAUAUUUGGCGAGGGCACGCUGGACGGGCAGGGACAGCGAUGGUGGAACGAGUUUUCUGGCGCAGAAAUCCUGGACCCGGACAACGCAUACCUUCGACCAAUCCUGUUCUACGCCGAGCACGCCGAGAACUUGCACGUUGAGGGUAUUCUGAUGAAGGACUCGCCGGUUUGGCACAACUUCAUCGUUGAGUCCAAGCACAUCACUUACCGGGACGUCAUCGUUGAGGCCAAGUCAAACAACGCCACAGUCGAGCCCAAGAACGGAGACUUCUUCAACUCGCUCAACGUUGAACACAUCAAGAUCGAGCGCGUUUGGGUCGACUCGGACGACGACUGCUUUUCGCCAAAGUCCAACAACACCGACCUGCACGUUGAUACCAUGUACUGCAACAACUCCCACGGACAGUCACUCGGCUCCCUCGGUCAGUACGAGGGAGAGUUUGUCUUCGUCAAGGAUGUCGUGAUUGAGAACAUCUGGAUGCUCAACGGCAACAACGGGGCCCGCAUCAAAGUGUGGGCUGGGGAGCACGUGGCGACGGGCUUCGUGGACAACAUCACCUUUCGCAACUUCUACUCGGCGAACGACGACUGGCCCAUCUUCCUCGACUCUUGCUACUUCAACAUCGACGAGGAGACUUGCAACAAGUUCCCCUCCAAGAUGAAGGUCAGCAACGUUCUGUUCGAGAACUUCCAGGGCUACUCGAGCGGGCGGCGCGGUCGCGCCGUUGCGCGCGUGAGUUGUUCAACGAACGAGGACGGUCUGUGCAGCAACAUCCGGUUCAAGGACUUCAACGUAACGAGUCCGUGUGGUGGGAAGCCGGUCGUUAUAUGUGACGGCCUGGAUGCGGACUUGGGAGUGCCUUGCGUACCAUUCAACAGCGCGGAAGCAAAGGCGGCACUUGCUGAUACUUGCACGGGCUCCAAGGCCUUUAUUGAGGCUCCUUGGCCUGUAAGGGACUAUGGUGCUAGAAACUAG